ACCUCUAACCUACGUUUAUUUUCAUAUUUUUGCAAAAUGUUUAAAUUUUUGAAAGAAUUGCCCAAAGUUGAACUGCACGCACAUCUCAAUGGCUCACUCAACGCCAAUAGCCUGCGGGAUCUGGCUGAGAAGGUGUACGGAAACACCUCGGAGGAGUUCUCGCAGCUGUGUGCGCGCUUUGUUAACUUUGAAAAAGAUUCAAAUCUGGACAAAUGCUUCGAGAAGUUCGCCUUUGUCCACGAGCUGACCUCAACGGCCGAGGGGCUGCAGUAUGCCACGGAGCUAGUCAUACGAGACUUUGCCAACGAUAACAUCCAGUAUCUGGAGCUGCGCACCACACCAAAGGCCAACAAGAACUACCUGCGGCGGGACUAUCUGCGCAUUGUGCUCGACACGAUCAAAAAGGGCCGCGAAAAGUACCCGAAUAUACUGGUGAAGCUGCUGCCGUCUAUAAAUCGAUCCGAGCCCGUGGCGGUGGCCGAGGAGACUGUGGCCUUGGCUGUGGAGUUUGCCAAAACCGAUCCGGACCUGGUGGUGGGCAUCGAUCUGAGCGGAAAUCCAACCCAAGGCAAAUUCACAGAUUUCAGUGAGGCGCUUAACUUGGCCCGCAAGGAGGGCUUGAAACUGGUCAUCCAUUGUGCGGAGAUCGACAAUACCUCGGAGAUUAAGGAGAUGCUGGCCUUUGGCAUGUCGCGCUGUGGACACGGCACUUACCUGUCGAGCGAGGACAUUGCCCAAAUGAAGGCGGCAGACAUACCGAUCGAGUGCUGCCUCACGAGCAAUGUCAAGUCGGGCACGGUAUCCAGCUUUGAGGAGCAUCAUCUGAAGCAGCUAAUGGAAGCCGAUGCCCCCAAAGUGGUGUGCACUGAUGACAGCGGCGUUUUCGACACUACGCUGACAAAUGAGUUAUUGCUGGUGGCAGAAACAUUUAACUUGACCCGCGACCACUGCAUUGACCUCACCAUGGAGGCAGUGAAACACUCGUUUGCCAGUGAUGAGGAGCGCCAACAGAUGGCACUCAAAGUGGAGCAUUAUGUCAACAGUUUGAAAUCAGAAUAGAAUGUAAUUUGAAUUCAUUGUUUUCGAUAAAUGGUUGGGCCUCCAAUCUGGAUAAACUGCUAUCGAAAAGCUGGAGAAAAUA